UUGUUUGUUUUUUUGGCAAGUCUUUUUUAUUUAUCUAUUUAUUUAUUUACUUUUUAAAAUUUUGUUAUUAAACAUCAGCAUCAUUCUUUAAUAGCCGGAAAUACAAGGAUGAUAAUAGGAAUAUGAUAUAGUCAUAGACCACCAUAUUUGUAAAUGAUUUUAAGUAAAGUUCUGUUAACCAAAGUCAGUACUUUGAAUAACAUCUAAUCGGGUAGAAGGGUAUAGUCCGCAUACCCAAUUUUUCUUCUUAAUGUAACUAGAAUAAAAUUUUCAAGUAGUAUUCCAUAUUGUUUAUACCUAUAUGCAAUGACAUUAUAGAAGAAAAGGUCCAGUUUUGGGAAAAGACCACAUCCCCCAUAAAAGAAAAGAAAAGAAAAGAAAAAAAAAAAAACUCUGGGUAUGGACCUGAUGGAGGAGGUAAGGUAGAAGAAGAGGGUGAACUCUGUCGCUGCCCAGUGCAGAUGAACUCCACAGGUUAUCAAGCUGAGGGACAUAUUCUGAUAAGCAGUUCACGGCUUAUAUUCGUCAGGAGAUAACAUGACUCAUCUACUAGUCAGUCUUACGAGUGUGCUUUUUAUUAUCGCGAAGCAUCGAGGCAUCCACCAAGUAAUAAAUGGUGAUAGGGCCUGCGCCUUCUUCGUGUGUGAGUUUCAAAAGUCCGACUUCUUUUCUGAGGGGAGGAUCUCAUCAUCUCACCAACAAUGGCGGCUUCCAAGGGAUUCCGGAGGAUGGUUCUUGCUCCAUGUCUUCGCCUGGGGAAUACUCCUGUGUUUUCUUCUGUCGUUGCAAGUACUUUGGCUAAGGGCAGUGUCGCCAGUCGGGAGAUGACGAAUUCCUCGCCGGUCAGCGAAGCCCUUCCGAGCCAAGCUGACGUAGUGGUUAUUGGAGGGGGCGUCAUAGGAUGCAGCACAUUGUAUCACCUGGCGAAACUCGGCGUCACCGACGCGGUUCUCUUCGAAGGAAACAAGAUUACCUCAGGGACGACCUGGCACACAGCAGGGCUGCUGUCAAGUCUUCGACUGAGCGAGACAGAAGUGAAGCUGGUUCAGACCACGCGGGAUCUCCUGAUGAGGCUGGAAAGUGAGACGGGAGUCAAUCCAGGUUGGAUCAACAAUGGCACGCUUAUGGUAGCUGACAGUAAGAUUCGACUGAACGAAUAUAAGCACUUGAAGACACAUGGAAGAUCACACGGUAUAGAUGCCAUUCUCUUGGAUGUGAAGGAAACUAAGGAACUCUAUCCUUUGCUGAAUAUGGAUGGUUUAGAAGGAUCCCUCUACAUCCCAGCAGAUGGUACCAUUGAUCCUGCUGGUUACUGCACUGCUAUGAUAAGAUCAGCCAAGAGAGCUGGAGCUACAGUGUUGGAAGACUGCCCAGUAUCUGGCAUCAGCACAGCCGAUACUCUUCUUGGUGGCAGGAAAAUCACUGAGGUACACACACCCUAUGGUGUGAUUAAGACCAACGCUGUUGUCAAUGCCACAGGUGGGUGGGGCAACAAAAUAGCAAACAUGGUUGGCCUCCACAUACCAUUGGUGGUUCUGGAGCAUUCGUAUGUGGUAACGGAGGCGAUUUCUGGCAUUGAAGGCAUGCCAAAUUUACGUGAUCCCAAAUCCAGCACCUACCUCAAGUUACAAGGCGAUGCUUUGGCCAUUGGUGGAUUUGAAACGAGCCCUGUCUGGGCCAAAGUGUUAGAGACAGACUCGCCUUUCCAACUCUAUGAACUAAACUGGGAUGCUUUUGGCGAACUCCUUGAAGGAGCCGUUAAGCGUGUUCCAGUUCUAGAGCACACAGGGAUAAAGUCUACCAUCUCUGGGCCUGAGAGUUUUACCCCUGAUCAUGCUCCUGUCAUGGGAGAGGACCCCAAUGUGGAAGGAUUCUUCCACUGUUGUGGCUUCAACAGCUACGGCAUGAGGCUGAGUGGCGGUUGCGGAGAUCAAAUGGCCAAGUGGAUAGUCCGUGGGAGACCGGAGCUUGAUAUGUUUAGUUUUGAUGUUCGUAGGCUGCAUGCACCUCUAAGCUCUAAGAAGUCUUGGGUAGAUUCCAAGGUUCAUGAAAGUUACUCCAAGAGGUAUUCCAUUCACUUUAAACACGACGAACCUCUGGCUGGGCGAGGACAGCGACUUUCUCCAUUGCAUAAGUUACUGGAGGCACAAGGGUGUGUUUUCCAAGAGCGCUGUGGCUGGGAACGACCCAGCUGGUUCAACACAGAACAAACGCCGGCACAGCCUUACGACUGGUAUGGCUGCUAUGGCACCAAACUGAACAGUGACCAAAGGUACCACAAUGCUCUCAAACUUGACUAUUCAUAUGGCUUACCUGAUCAUCAUCAUCUGCUUGCCAAGGAAUGUCUUUCAUGCAGAGAAGCAGCAGCCAUCUUUGACCUGUCCCAUUUUGGAAAGUUCCAUUUGGUAGGCCCUGAUGCACAGCAAGCGGCCGACUGGAUCUUUUCAGCCAAUGUCAACAAGAGCCCCGGGUCUACUGUUUACACCUGCAUGCUAAACCAGUGGGGUGGAAUAGAAGCUGACUUAACUGUAAGCAUAUGUGAAAACGAUGCAAGAUCUGAGUUUGGACCUUCAUUUGAAGGCCGAAGUUUUUACCUGGUCGUAGGCACAACAACAGCAACGUACUGCUCUUCUCACAUACUCAAGGAAAUCAGGAAGCAUGGCUGGGAUGUGCAACUACUGAACAGCACUGAGGACCUGGCCGUACUGUCGCUACAGGGACCCUGUAGCAGAGAAAUUCUUCAGUCUGUUUCUGAUGAUGAGUUCAGCAAUGAAUCUUUCCCAUUUUCUACGCAUAAAAUAGUCACUGUUGCUGGGUAUGAAGUCAGAGCUAUGAGGAUUACCUUUGUUGGAGAAAUGGGAUGGGAACUCCACAUGCCAAAAGAAUCAGCCAUACCCGUCUACGAGGCUCUGAUGGCUGCAGGAAAACCCUUAGGUCUGAUAAAUGCAGGGUAUCGUGCCCAAGAUUCCCUCGCUGCUGAAAAGGGGUAUCGUCGUUGGCACAGUGACAUCCGUCCAGAAGACACCCCACUGGAUGCGGGCCUGGUCUUCACCUGCAAACUUUCCGGUGACGUCAACUUUCUCGGUUGCCAGGCGCUGAAACGUCAGAGGUCUGCUGGAAUCUCCAAAAAGCUCGUGACUCUGACCCUAAAGGACAGGACGCGACCUCUCUGGGGUAACGAGGUCAUUCUAAGGGAUGACCAGCCUCUAGGGUCUGUUAGGAGGGCUGAAUAUGCUUUCAGUCUAGGUAGAACUAUCUGCUACGGGUAUGUACGGCACCCUGGGAACGAGGGAAUCACGAGAGACUUCCUGGAAUCGGGCACCUGGAACAUAGAAUCCAUGGGAGAGGUUUUGGAAGCAUCACUACAUACGAAGCACCCGUUUGAUCCGAAGAACAUGAGAGUGAAGGGUCUAUAAUGAGACCAGAACACUGCUUUAAAAACUGCCAUGGGAAGAGUCAUCUGUCUGAAGUGAUACUAAAUAUGUGUAAAAAGUACAUGGCGUUUAGUUUUGCAGAAUGCGCUACAGUUUCGAGGGAGGUAACAGCCCUAAACCUAAUAGACGCUAGGUCACUUUUAGCUGUUGUGCCUUCAAAUUUGAUUACCUUCUGCAACCGAAUGCUUUGAAAACAUAACUUAUUUUAUUUACCAUAAGAGACACUAACAAUAUUCAAAAUAAAUCAGAAUUCGUUUAAUCCAAAAGAAACAACAAAACUGAAGAAAAUACCAACGUUAAUUUUCAGUCUCCUUGCUUUUCUGUCGCAAAUGGAAACUUAUUUUUUUUUUAUUUUUACUUUCGAUUUUACUUGUGUCUACCAAUUGUUGGUUUUAAUACACUACGGUGAAGGAACUGUCUACAUUUGCAUCCAAAGUAAAAUUAUUUCUUUUCA